UGUGAUUGUCCACCACUGCUCCACCAGAAGUGUGUUCCUGAAAAGUGUGAGGGUCUUUCUUUAAUUCGGGGCUCUGUCCCCCGGCCACUGUUACCGGGUAUUUGUCGGGACGUGACCGGCUCGUGUGUAGAAGAUGCAGCGGGAGACGAGAUCUUAACGGGACAACAAAAAACGCUACGGUCUCUCCCGCCCGGUUGUUAUGGAGCAGCCACCUGGGAGCUUAGAUGAUCUACAGCCUCAAGACCUCUCCACCUCCAGCAUCCCCACUGUGAUCGACCUGACCAGGAAGGGCGAGGAAUGUGUCCUGAAUGCCACUUCCAUAGACGGCCUGCGGGUGGUCAAGAGCCCCAGCUGGUUCCAGAACUCCGGUACAGGCAACCCGGGAUUAGCCUUCUCUGAGACGGGCUCCUCAGACGUCACGCUCAGUUCAGGGGAACAUAUUCAACCAGACAAUGCCUUCUCCCACACUACAGUCACUCUCUCCUACGUGAGCAGGUCUCAUGUCUUUUCCACCCCGGACUCUCUGUCUCCGCCCAUCAGCCGUUUCGCCCUCCACCCUUUGUGUGAUUCGGAUAAAGGGCUGGCGGAGAGCGGCUACUUACUGAACCAGCAUUACUUAGAGCAGGUUGAGGGGCCAGUGGACCUCGCCGCUCAUCCAGAACUCUUGCAGUCAUUAUCUCAGGCUUACACGGGACCAGAGGAUGGCGUGGACAUGUUUCUAACGCAGGACCUUCGUGAGCUGAAUGGUGGCGCCGUUAGCAGUGACGGGGACAUGGAAAAUGGAACGCAAGGUGAAGAGGAAGUGGAAAGCAGCGGUUCUUGGGAAAACUGUCGGGGUUUGGAGAACGGUCAAGCUGACAGCCGGUCGAGUGCAGGGGUUUGCAACGGCUCCUCCCCGGAGACGCUUGUACCUGCAGCGGUGGAGGAUGAGGAGCGGGACGGCUCCGAUGUGGUCUUCCUCAUGUCAAACCAACAAGACCCGGCGGUCGCCAUGGACGCAGUGGCUGCUAAAGACUCUCAUUCCCUGAACAGGGAGUACGUCAGUCCUCUGGAGGACCCCGUGUCCCCCUCUGCUACCUCACUGGACGAUGUGGAGGACGAGUUCCACCUGCCUCAGGCCUCCAGCUCACCCAGCGGCGACAACUCUUAUCUGGAGACAGCAGAGGACGUUGCGUUGGACGACUUGAGCACAAACGGCACUAUUCAGCUCAGCUUUGACACCAGCGCUAACGACGCAAGGUUGGAUUCGAGCUGCGAGAACGAGCCACAGGUGCUCAAACAGAAGGCGCCAGUGGAGUUGAUUGAUUUGACAGAGGACGAUGAGAAACCCGCGACUGUCAUUCCUCACAUGAACGGCAACGUGAAGGCACUACAGAGGACUUUGAGUGAAAGAAAGCUCCCGGUGCGCUCCGGCAGAGGGAUGCGGCUGGAGGCCAUAGUUAUGAACAUCAACUCCAGCAAGUAUAAAGUGUCAGGAUGCAUACGCACCAAGAAGAAAGCCAGAGCUUCCCCAUCAACCGCGAGUGAUUCCAAAGUAGCCCGUCCCAAGAGGAAGAACAACAACAACAACAACAACAACCGGAAAGUCAGCAAAAGGAAAAGCAGAGCGAGGGCGUCGAUCUCGGCGAAAACGACCAAACAAAAAUCAGGAACUCCAGUGAAAAGAGACAAAAAUCUAAACGCUAACACUGACAGUUGCAAAGACUCUACCUCUGAUUCUGAAAUCUUCAGUAGUCCACUAAAGUCACACAGCAGCACACCUCAGAAAAGUCCUCCGUUGUCAGUGCACAAAAAAAGGUCGAGAAAAGAGCCAGAGGGUGUUUCACAUUCUGAGAGCUCGCCAGAAAAGACGCCCACGCGGUCGAGGACAAAACGCUCAUCGCAGUCUAGUCCUCGCUCUGCUGUCAACACGACAAACCUGGAACCCGAACCCUCGAGGUUGUCCCCGCCGCCUCCUCCUCCUCCUCCACCACCACCGCCUUCAUCAAAUUCUCCAAAGAAAAGUCGAGGCAAAGCCAAAAGUCAGGCUGCAGAGAACGGAACACCUCCCACUGCCAAGACCAAGGCGGCUCGUGCUCCAAAGAGGAGGCGGAACAAACCCAAAGGCAGGCAGCUGCCGCCGUCGUCCAUGUUCUCUCCCAAGGAACCGGAGAUCAAGCUGAAGUACGUCAACUACAAGGAGGAGAGACGAUACCCGAGGUUGGACAGUUUCUCUCCGUUCAUACACCUGGAGCGCCGGCAGUCGUCGCCGUCACUGUUCACUGUCAUCAACUAUCCCGAGGAAGUGCGGACGCAGCAUAAGAAGGGUCAGCAGCCGCAGCAGGCUCUCUCCACUGACUUCAUCUCUGCAGCCAUACCCAGCACUUCCUGUGUGCAGCUGGGCCGGGCGUCCACACGCGGCCAGCACCAGCGCGCUUUUGUCUGCUGCCUGUGUGGACAGUCGGCCAACGCCAUGGACCUGGGCGACCUCCACGGCCCUUACUACCCCGAGGGUUACCAGCAAAAUGCCAAAACACAAGCCAACACGUCAGGCCUCAAGGAGGACGGCGGCGGCGGCGACUACAGCGACACCGACUCGUCGUCCUGCAGCGUCAGACGCAGGACGACGAGGAAGCGCGCCGUCCCGCCCGCACUGCGCUCGUUCAGGACCGGAGCUCAGCUGAAGCAGAGUCAGCAGUGGAGCGGCGGCACCGACGGCACCAACGGCACCAACGGCCCCGCGGCAAAGCGGGCUCACUCAGACGCCAGCGGCGAGGACAUAGAGGACUGGUACAGCGCCCCCGUUCUGCUGCUGGAGCCCUGCGAGUACUGGCUCCAUGAAGACUGCGCCAUCUGGUCAGCAGGCGUGUUCCUGGUCAAGGGCAAAGUCUACGGCCUGGAGGAGGCGGUGAAGGCCGCGCAUGAGACGGUGUGUUCAGCGUGUCGGGAUCCCGGGGCGUCACUGGGCUGCUUCUUCAAAGGUUGUCCCAACAAGUACCACUACAGGUGUGCUCUGGAGUCAGCAGAGUGUGUUCUCAUCGAGGAAAACUUCUCCAUGAAGUGUAAAAAGCACAAGAACAAGACGUUCAAAGGCGCUUCAGGGACGAGAUGGGACGACAGGUGACACAAUGAAUGUCAUCAGACGUCCGGCUGUGACCUCCUCUCCUGGUAACCAUGGCGACGGUUCUCACCGAGCGACAGCCAGCACCCGUAAACCUUAACUCCGCCCACUCUGCUCUGCAGCCGUCCAACCACAGCAGGGUUAGGGUUAGCCCGGAAACGCUCUGUCAGUCCAGCGUGUGGCGCUGUUGUCACAUCGCAGCGAACUCUGUCGUAUGUGCAGUUAUUUAUAAAGUUAGAUUUUUCUGGAUCCGAUAUGAGUAAUAAUAAUAAUAAUCAAAGAUAUUUAAUUUUCUAAGUAUUUGAUUCUAUUUGGUUUAUUUAUUCCGGAAGUUUCUCGUUUUUGCGAACUUUAAUUGUUUUUUAAGUUAUUGAUGAUCGCACGUCGUCAACAAAGCGAGGUUUUUUUCGGAUUUCACAAUCUUCGUUUUCUCCGCAGUCGUCGCGUUUGAAUGUAUUUUCUGUGUGUGUGUGUGUGUGUGUGUCGUCUGCUACGUCCAACAUCACCAUAGCGAUCACAAGUGGCGACAGUUUAAAAUGGCGGCGACGAAAAACACAACGAAAUGUAGUGAUUUUUUUAAAUUUAAUUUAAAAUCUGGUUGUCUUUGUUUAACAAAAUAAAUCAUUUGUCAAUCAAGAAGAUUAAUCAAUUCAUGUUUUGUUUGUUUUUUCCCCAAUUCCUUUUUCCGAUAUUAGUUUUUUUUUUAAGCAUUGAUCACUUCUGAUUGAUUGAAUGUACGACAUUUCAAAUCAAAAGAAUACUUUCAUCCUGUGAUUUAAUCACUUUCACACGCACUCGGGACAAUUUUGGUUCAUUUUGUUUAUUUAAAACUAUUCAUUUAUAUGGAAUGUUGGUUUCCAUGGUAACGUUGAGUCACCAUCAGGGUUUUGAGAACCAACUCGAGACGUGAACCAACGCUUGUAAACCGCAACCAGACUCCAUUGAGAAAAUCUGCGUUUUUAGCUCAUGGCGUCACACAGGCUGCCGGUCUAGCGCUGCCUCGUGUGGUCAGUUUGUGUCACUGAGGUGAAUCUAAAGAAAGAGUUUUAAGCACUGAAUUCCCACAGUGACAUUUAUGAACUUAGUGACGGAGGCAGCAGUGGAUCGACCGCUCCUGAAUGCUGUGGUGUAAAAAUGAAGGAUUUUCUCUGGAGUUUUAACCACAUUUAAAAAAACAAAACAGUGAAAAAAAGCCUUUUCUGCUUCUGUCACUAACGUGUGGUGCAAAGACAAAUCAGAGGACGUCGUCCGCGGCUUUGUCGUGGUCGUCCUGGCGACUGAAGGCAGCUGUCAAUCACUCUCUUUUCCCCUGUUUGUGACGCAGCUUCACACUGACUCACGGAGCUUGGGUCCAGGUGUGUUCGCACCUGUGCGGUCAUGUGUGAAGGUGCUGCAGGCGUCAGCUUGUAUGUUUGUUUUUUGUGUGAAUGUGAUUUCCCCUCUCUGUACCUCACGAUGCUGCCACUAGGGGCAGUGUUGUGCCGUGUAAGGCCUGUUUGAACCACAGUGUCACUGAUGAACUCAUCCUGGAACCACACUUUUUUUUAAUUUAAUUUGUGCCACUGUUAAUCUUUUUAUUGUCAUUAAAUACAUUUUUGUUUUUUUAACAGAGAGGUUUGUCAGAGCCUGACAUUUUUAUACCAAAUACAUGUUUUAUUCUGGCUUUUUUUUUUGUUUAAUCUCAGGGCUGGUUGUGUUUGUUGUUUUCAUUUGUCAUCAUUACAUUCCUCCUCGUCUGCUUCACGUCUGUCAGCACUGCCUGCCGCAGUUUUAGGGUUUAUAAUUUGAGAUUAGGACUGCCAAUCUGUGUCACUUUUCUUUUUUUUUAUUUUAAAUUUAAUCUGUGGCAGCAUUUUGUACCGUCUUUGUUCACCUCGGAGAACGAGAGGGGUCGUAUAAUUGUCAAAAAUAAAUAUUUUGUUCAAUG